AGCAGCAGCAGCAUUGUUUAAAAGGGAACAAUCUUUCCCCAAGUAGUUCCUCUUGAGGGGAGCAUUUCUGCUGGCUCCAGAACUUUGGCCAUCUAUAAAGCAUAGCAAUGGAAAAUGAGGAAGUUCUCAAGCAGGAAGAGCUCCUGGCCAGCAACGGAGCAAGAGUGGCUCUCAACCAAACCAUGUUCUCUACAAGGGAGACCUUUGAAAUUAAUGAUCCACGUGCCAAGAAGAGAGGUGGGAUGAACUGCAUGGUCCCGGUGGUCAUCUAUCUGAUUCUGCUCACCGCAGGCAUUGGGCUGGUGAUAAUGAAAGUUCUGAAUCUGCAGGAGCGGCUCCGGCACCUGGAGAGUUACUAUGACAAUGAAACGCUGCUUGUGGAGGAGAGCCCAUCUUCCUCUUUCCUCCAGUUGAUGCCUGGCCCAUCUCCGGUCAGGGGUGCAACGAAGCUGCAAGUCCUGCAGGCCCAGUUCAUCCAGGUCUACAGCAGGCAGGAGCACCUACAGCGAUGGGUGGACAACUUUACUCAGAACCCAGGCUACGUUCUGAGUUCCUUUCCAGGACUCUCAGGACCCCGAGGCCCACCAGGCAUCAAGGGAGAGGCAGGAAGAAAGGGAGAUCCAGGCAUGAAAGGAGACAUGGGGGUCAUGGGACCCCCCGGAGCCCAGGGGGAGAAAGGUGACUCCGGGAGGCCAGGCUUCCCAGGUGUGGCUGGAAUUCCUGGAAUCAAAGGAAAUCAAGGACCACCUGGAGCGGCGGGAUCCCCGGGAGCCAAGGGUGAGCCUGGCAGCGCUGGCCCCACUGGACCAACAGGACCACCAGGAAGGCCCGGGAGCCCAGGAGCCGAAGGCAUGAAAGGAAGCAAGGGGGAGACAGGACUUCAAGGACAGAAGGGAACAAAAGGAGACUCGGGAGUUCCAGGCCUCGUGGGCGCGAAGGGAGAGAAGGGGAGCCCGGGCCUGGUAGGCCUCAGGGGUGAACCCGGACCAGCUGGCCAGAAGGGACAGCCCGGAGCGAAAGGGUCUUCUGGGCUGCAAGGAGAAAAGGGACAAAAAGGUCAAAAAGGCGAGUCCCUGAUGUCUGUCAGGAUUAUCGGCUCCAGCAACCGAGGCCGGGCUGAAAUUUUCUAUAAUGGUGCCUGGGGGACAAUCUGUGAUGAUGGCUGGGACAACUCAGAUGCCACGGUCUUCUGCCGCAUGUUGGGUUACUCCUCCGGAAGAGCCAUCUCUGGUGUGGCAGCCGGCUCUGGGACCAUCUGGCUGGACGAUGUUGCAUGUCGAGGGUCAGAAUCGACCCUGUGGAACUGCAACAAGAACAAUUGGGGCUCCCACAACUGCAACCACAAUGAAGACGCGGGUGUGGACUGCAGCUGACCCCGCAGCCCGUUCACAGCUCUGCUCGCAAGGUGUCCACAGGCAAGACACUGUGCUCUCUGAGGGGCUCCCAAGAGCUGGCUGAGCAGCCACUGGGUGGGCUCGCUAAUAAAGCUCAAAGCGCUAUCUGGCACCAUCCUGUA